GUAUAUAACUCAUUUAUGUCAGCUGUGAAUUUUGAUAUUGUUAUGUCAAUUAUUAUCGAGUAGUUAGGAGUAAUUGUUGUUUAGAUUUCGGCACUCGGAAGGGCCCCCGACUCCGCCAACCACGAAUAGUUGACCCGGGAAAGCAAAUGUGAAAGAGGCGACAAUGAGGUCGCAGUUGAUAUCGGAAUUUAUAGCGAAGACCGGAUCAACCGAAGGCAAUGCUGUACGUUGCCUUGAAACAUGGGAUUGGAACGUUAACAAAGCGGUUACUGAUUACAAUGAUACUUAUGGAGAUAGAUUAGGUAGGACAAUAGGACACUUUUCUAGUCCAGAAGAAGACAGUAUUCAAGCAUAUGGAAUUUCCGAGCCUUCAAAUAUGUUUUCCCAUAACAUGUCAACGAGCAACUCAUCUGCCAAUAAAAAGCUGUUACGCGGAAUAUCGCAUGCUGGCGAAAAUGCCACCUUAGUUCCACAGAAGCUUACAGAAAUGGCUAUGGAUUGGCAUAAGUUGCCUCAAAAAAGCGGAGACCAAAGUAGCUCUUUAGAUACUCCAGACUACACUUUCAUAUUACCAGAUAUUUCGAAUUACUCUGAGGAGUUUCAACGCUUCCUUGAAAAAGAUUUGAUAGAUUGCACUACACUGAAUGCAUUAGAGCAAACGAAACGAUUAAAUUGGUGGUGUGAAACGGGUAUUUGUCGAAAAUUGUGGCCUUUAGCAACAACUGGUGACGGCAACUGUUUACUUCAUGCUGCCUCGCUCGGAAUGUGGGGCUUCCAUGAUAGGAAGCUGACCUUGCGUUCAGCGCUCUAUGAUCUUCUAACGAAAGGGGAAUGCCGACACGCAAUAUACAGACGUUGGCGUUUUCAGCAGACGCGGUUUAAUAAGGAAGCUGGGUUCGUUUAUUCGGAAUCGGAGUGGACGAAGGAAUGGAAGCAGAUUGUAACCAUGGCAUCACCAGAACCUAGGAAUUCUUACGUUUCAAUGGGCUCGGGACAAUGCCGGAGUUCAUUCUCUGAAAAAAAUAAAAUGUUGGGAGAUCCGAUGAACGAUGUUCUAACUUAUGAAAGUCUCGAAGAGAUUCAUAUUCUAGCUUUAGCGCAUGUACUUCGACGGACGAUAAUUGUGAUAUCUGAAACAGUUCUCCGUGACUCGAAUGGGGAAGCAAUGGCCCCUAUCUCAUUUGGCGGCAUUUACCUGCCAUUCGAAAUUAACUCGAUUGAAUGUAAUAGAGGUCCAUUGCUAUUAGUGUACGACAUGGCCCAUUUCUCAGCGCUUGUUCCCAUGGAAUCAAGUAACGAUGUGCCUCCUGCUUUAGUACCGUUAGUGGAUUGCAACAAUACUCUCUUCCCAAUCCAGUUCUGCAUAGAUCCGGGCAAUAAUUUUGACUGGAGCAAUUAUGAUGGCACUGAAGGCAAUUGGACACUCACUGAGCAAGAAAAUACAGCAUUAUUACGAGAGUAUUUAGAUAUUUUGUAUGCUGGCAGUUCUUUUAAUUCGGAAGAGGAAAUUUAUGAGAACUUAACAGACGAUGAGUCCGAUAAAAAAUUCAUAGAGUCCGAGGUGACGAUAUCUUCCAAUGCUGUUGAUGCGUACGCAGAGAAUUCUUCGAAUAGAGGUAAAGCUGCUAAGCAACUUCAAAAUGUAGCGAAGCAGUUCGGUAGCAUAGGAAAAAGUAUGAGUAAAAAAAUAAGAAAAAAUAUCGGAUCGAUCACGAAGCUUGGCAAUAAAAAUGUUUCGAAAAAGGAGAAAUUGCCAGGCAAAUCGACAAGUCAGAAUUUUUCAUGCACACGGAUCUUAUGUGCGAGAUUGAGAAUCAAACGACACCAAUUUCAAGAGGCAAUGAUCCGAAAUUACCUUGAAAGUGCUAAAAGUCGUUUUCAAGAAAGUCAGCUAUCUAUGUGUGUUUCUAGUCCGCAAACAGAAAAAACUUCCAACGCAGAACUGGACAACGUCUACUACUGUUCAAAUUUAAAUUGCAAAUAUUUCAAUGUCGGAGGCAUGCACCAAUUGUGUAAUGAUUGUUACGAGAAGGAGAGAAAUUCGGAGUUAUUUCUAAACAAUACACCAAGAUACGGGACCGGAAAGUCCAAGUUUUAUACGCACGCCGACGCGAAUAGUCACGAGAGUAUACGACAUUUAGUGCCAGUACGAAGAUUGAGCGAAAUGGAUCAAACGCUGUACCUUUCCAAUUCGACGUUCUAUAAUGAUGCUUUACCGCCUAUUUAUGAUGAAGAAGGUAUUCCAAGAUCUAGAUCACUCUACCGACACGGUUACAGCCCACCAUUGCGGGCCAACGAGUUGGAGGACAACGACUCAGCUGCUCGAAUCUUGAAUUCGGUAUGCUCGCCGCGUGAAAAUCUCAAUUUAAUUGCUUUGCGAUCAGUUUUAACUAAUUCUGCUAUUGAAAGAGAUCCGGCGUCUUCGUCGAAACGCGUUUCACCGCCUUUGUUAGAUUUUUGAAUGUAGCAUUAUCUGACCUUAUGCUGAGAUUAGGAUGUUUUUCGAGCGAUAUAUUUAGCUUUAGUUUUCAUUGAGUUGAUUUAACAUAGUGAGUGUACAAUCGAAGGCUUUAAUAAAACAGAAAACAUGACUUAUUGAG